AUGACGACCUACAUCCCCUCCCUCACCCUCCCAAGCUUUGUCUUUGAAAACCCAGCAGUGUCCAUCCUGCUGCCGGUCGUCUGCGGAACAGCUACUGGCUUUGUCAUUAGUCCAAGUGUGUCUCAGACAGCAUAUCGUACCUUGAAGCAACCUCCUCUACAUCCGCCAGGCUAUGUCUUCGGCCCGGUUUGGACAGCAUUGUAUGCAACCAUGGGCUACACGGCCUACCGCGCAUACACCACUGGAACAUCCUCCAUGAACCCUAACACGGUUGCUCUUGCCGAGCACGGAGCUACCCUCUAUUCCAUCCAGCUUGCCUUGAACCUUCUGUGGACGCCUCUCUACUUUGGCAUUGGUCAACCUAUUGCUGCUUCAGCUGACAUCCUGGCUCUUGGUGGGACGAUCGCCUAUCUUAUCAAUGUUUGGGGACAAGUUGAUCCCGUCUGUGGAUGGCUGCUCGCGCCAUACCUUGGCUGGGUUAGCUUUGCAACCUAUCUCUGCAUUGGUGCCGGUUACUUGAACAACUGGGACUUCAAGGCUAUUUCAAAGAAGGACUAA